CACUAUAGUGUCCCCCUCAAUGGAUCCGUUCUGUGACGAGGCUUCGGGGAAGAAAAAUGACUCUGGCUAAAGGAAAGUCGUCGCUCGACCACUCCGUUACGUCACCUGCGUUAUAAUCAUGGUGCGAGUGAGUGACCACUGUCCAGGCCACUGCCAGUUUGUCAGGUGACAGUGCUGGCGUUAACAGGAGUGACUUUGGCAGAUGUCAUUCAACCUCACGAUGCCACAGCAACCAAGCUGGAUACAAACGACCCUCCUAGCGAUGCCCUGCACUAUAGCGGCAAUGAUGAUGACUACAUCACAGCCGAGUCCCAACCGUUGAUACCUGACGACGAAGAAGUUCUUUUUACUGCCGGUUCCGAAGUACGACCGCAAAGACGGCGACGACCUGGCGGGAAAAGGAGGAGGCUACCUCUAGACCCCGAACGGCUGCGUCUUAUCAUCAAGAGACGGCAGGACCUUGGGUUGCCUGUGAGGAAGCUGGUCAGAGCACAGCAGGCUUUAAUAGCGUACGAAGAACAGAUUAGAACACAGUUACAAGAGUCCGCAGCAGUUGACACAAAGCCUGGAAUACCCACUAAUGCCCACACCCUCGUGACCUCACCUCCACGCACCCGCCCUUUAACUACAACUACGACUACCACAACGACGCCUGCCCCCACUACCAGCACGCGCAAGGGUGUCCGUUUCCCUUCCUUCAGCGCCGUCACCAGAGAGCAGAGACUCCGCCACAGAGCAAAAGGGAUCCGUGGCAGUUGGGGCUUUAAAACGAGCGUCGUGGAAGAGGAUGGAGAACAGGAAGAGGAAGCAGAAGACAAGGAAGACGAAAAGAAGAUACUGAGUUCGACGACGCACACAUCAAAGUCCCUGUCCACCCGGCUUCGGGGACUCGCUAAGGUGCUAAAGCGUCCUGCGCGUCCACAAAUACUCGUAAACUAUUCCCGGACGCCAACGCCCACGUUGAAGCCCUCACCAGUAACGGUCAUGAGUGAAGACAAGAGGCUUCGCUACCGCCCCGUCCUCGCAAGGAAGGAGAAGCUCAAGAAGCAACAUACGACAACCUCAUUUACCCAUUCCGUCACGACUGAAUCAUCCAUCUACGGUCCUUAUGAGCCCGACCCAUAUGGUCAUUCUGAAUCCCCAAAUCACGACGGCCUCAAGACCAAACCAAGACAGACACCCGUGCCUAAGAAGGUUGCUUUGGAUCCUGUGCCCACGACCACUGUUAGAUAUUUCCAGGAUCAGGAACCCAGUUACUUUCCUGAGGAACCCACCUACUCUAUCCUCAAGCCGGUCUCCACGCCGCAGAAUACCGCUCACACCACUACUUCUCCGGUGUACACCACAGGAGCCCCCACCUACGGCUCUGACGACCCCGUGGACAUAGUGUACGAUCCGACAGAGUACGCAUCCCCUGCCUACGUCCUGGCGCCAAAAUUUGCUCCAGAGAAAGUUUCCUUUGCCUCUCGUGCCCAGCCACAGCAAUCCUAUGCCCACGAACCAGCCUUUGUCCCGGAACCAGCUUAUGCGAUUGAACCCGAAUAUAGCUCCCAACCUGCGUUUGACCCCGAACCAGCCUAUGAUCACGAUCGUGUUUCUGCCCCUGAACCAGCCUACGGUUCCACUUACGACGCCGAACUUGGACACAACGACCAUCUGGAUUACUCGUCGGAGGAGGAAGAUGCGGGAGCGGGGAUAUUCGACCAAUACAAGUACGGAUACAGCGUAGCUUCUGAAGACACUGGGAAUUAUCACGCGCGCUCGGAAGCCCGGGAUGGGGAGACAGUCAGUGGAUCAUACAAGGUGGCGCUACCAGACGGCCGCGUCCAGGUUGUGACAUAUAUUGCAGACGAGCAGGGCUUUCGGGCGGAGGUCACAUAUGAAGGCGAGGCCACUCUGUCCACCAUGAACCCCACCCCUCCGCAUAACCCUUCACGCCCACCUGUCCACGCCUCUGCCUUUCCUCCCGCCCAGAAAGUCCCAGAUGACUUCCCCACUUACCAGGCCGAUACAAAGGCUCUGAGACCCACUACGUCUUCACGUCUACUCCAGCCUUCUGUCACUCACCCCAGACGUCCAGCGCCACAACCCUACAGGCAUCAGUUCAAUGGCCAUGAUCACCCUAUCCAUCAAGCCCCCAUCCACACACCACUUCCUAUUACAACGUCCCACCACGGUGGUACCCCUACUCCACUGCCUCCACACCAUUCCCGUACGUUCAGUACUCCGCCUAUCCACAAUUCCACACCCGCUACACCCAGCCAGAAUCUCCACUUUGGCGACCACUUUCACGUGACCACUGCCUCGCCGAAUCCUUUCCGUCUUGUGGUGGAUAAGACCAGGGCGUCCACUUUCUCUCCCCUUCCUCUCGCGCCUGCCCUUCCACCCUCUCCUCCACUUCUUCCUUAUUCUUCUUCGUCUUCUUCUUCCUACCCCUCGACGUUUUCCUCCUUUAGGAAUUCCCAGAGACAUCAGGCCACCACCACACCUGCGCCCCCGACUCCCACACCUAACCCCUCUCAUGAUGCCUCUGUUACGCCUGCAUUCGAGGUGCCCUUCGCUGCGACCGCCCAUCCCGUCACCAACGCCCAUGUGGCUGACAACGGCUUCAGAUCCACGGAAUCUUUCAGGACCAAGAGUCCAUUACACUCCCUUCACCACCAAACCACCUCCACUACACCCAAAUCUACUACCAACGCCCACACCAUCGCCCCCGCCCAUAGACACAGUCAUCCCCCUCUCACGACACCCGCUGCUCCUCCGCCAGCGAACCUCUACGAGUAUGAUCCGGCGGGCCGCGCGGGUGGCACCCACACCACGCUCUACAAUCCUGACCCGGAUUCUAGGGCGUACAUCCACGCUCUCGGGCAGGCGCACGCCGUCCCGCUGCUCCUUCCCUUCUCACCGCCCCAUGCGGAGGGAGACAAGGCCAGUACCCACCCGCACCACAACGUCCUGCCGCCUCCUCCAAGGACCUACUACCUCUCCCAGCCCUCGUAUUCCAUUCCUGCCUACGCCUCCACCGCCGACCCUCAGAUCGUACGCCUUCUUACGCCCGCGCCCGCCCACAGCGCCGAGAGCGUGGAAAUCACCCGAGGCGAUGAGCAAAGGCCCAGGAUCUCCAUCAAAGUGCCCGAACCCCACGAGACUGACAUCUACCCCGCACCGCGACCCAGACUCCGACUGCGCUGAGGGCGUCGCGUUGGGGUGUAUAUUGUCUGCGCUUUCAUCUUUCAUUUGAUCUUUUGUCACUCCAUUAAUCAGAUUAUCUCAUACCUACCAUCAGCUUUACCAUUUCUUUCGAUCCCAAGUUUAUUCACUUCACUCUCUCCUUCCGUUAUAUCUUUCAUUUAUCUCAGUUUCCUUCUUAAACCUUUCCAUCCGUUCAAUCAUUUUUUCUCCCUCUAUACCCCUGUUCUUUGACAGGUAGAUUGCAAUAGCUACCAGGAGGUAGAAUUUCAGGUGUCAUCAUCACAACUCACCGAAGGGGCGUUUGCUCAUCUCUCCUCAUUUUCUGUUUGUUGUAAUUUUGAUUACGAUAGGUGUUAUAUGUUGGAUUUUAGUCUGAUUCUAGUGUAGAAUUUUAAAAAAUGAACCUAUUGUUUACGCUUUUAUUAGAAAAUAUGAAUGUAAAAUUAUUAUAGAUUUACAAUAUACAUAUUAUACCAAA